GCCCCAGCCAGCCAUCCCUGUGUAGCCCGGAGCAUCUUGUCCACAUCCCCUGUGAUUGGCUGAAGGGCGAGCAGCCAUGCUACGUCAUGCGUCUCGGUUCUGUGUGCUAGGAAAUGACGUCAAUGUCAGGUAAUAAACCCCUAGAGGGAUGAGGAUAGGGAGAGGGAGGAAGGUAUUGAGGUUUCGGGGCAACUUUCUCAGGGUCUCGGGGCUGGGUUUACUACUUGAUAUUUAUGGAAUCAGACACCACCGAGCAAACGGUUUCCUGCAGGAGUUCUGGAUCGAACUGUGGAGCCGAUCUUCAGCGGGGCCGAUGAAACAGACCCCGCUUGUUUCUUCUGGAAACCUGAAUUGGGCGAUUGGGAGCACACCGGGAGCUCCAAGGUGUUGUUGAAGCCAACAGCUUCACAACUGUAUGUAAGAAAUUGGGGGGUAGAUCUGGGUUGGAUGGGAUGUCUCGGCAGGUACCUUACCUACUCCAAAAACCUUAGCUAGCUGCGCUAUGAUACGAUGCAGGAAGCAACGCCGUUUUAACCGCACGAGGUGCGAUGCUCACCCAUGGGCCAUGGACCACCAUCCAUCAUCAGCUAGGCACUUCUGCGGGCUCUUGGAACGUCUUGGCGGAGACUAUUCCAUUUGAUGGGACAGAGAGAGGGAAAAGUCCUCGGAAAAACAUCCGCCACUGGGGGGUCCUCAUUCAUCUGUUCUUUUUGCGCUUACUUGCCACCCAGCGUGUCGACCGAGCCCCCAGUCCCCUCUCUCCCGUCGUCAAACACUCCUCUCUCUCCCACAUCCAGCUCCCUGGGACGCACACUUGAGCGGGAGGCGCUUUCCCGGCGGGUGCCCCCUCUACACUUGUCACUAGAGCUCUAGGUUCUAGCUUCAGACCAGGCCGACACCUCGACCGUCUCCAUCGGUCUUUUGCACUUGCGGCACCACAUCGACACGUGAAUCGCACCGCCCACGGCACCGCAACGAACCUGGCGAUUGACAACAAACGACCAUUUUGUCCCCUCUGUUCCCCCUAGUCCUCCUGUUACCAUCCCACCGUCCUAUAUUCCCUCCUCCCACAGCCGACCUGAUCAACAUCCGACAGUGGCUCAACUGGCUGCAAACCGACCUUGGAACGAUCAGAAAACCUACACUUACGUACUGUGCUCUCUUUUGCCCCGCCGCUCGCCCAAAGAUCUGCAAAGCCAGGGGCCAAGAUCAACCACACCACCCUGACCUGGUGUGCGACCCGCCUCUGCUCACCUGCCCGCCCUGUGAUCAGGUUUUGACAUCCAUUUCUCAGAAUCCCAUCCCCCGUUGCUGGACCCUCUUAAUUACGUCUCGUGAAUUGGAGGGCCAAGGUGCUUCGCUUCGUAGGUCCCUCGGUCAAAGCUGCCAUCCCGCACAACACAACUACACGACAAAACACACUCCGGUCUCGCUCAACAGGCCACACAGCUAGAAGGAAUCUGACAAAUUUUUUUGGCGACGGUAUAAUUGAUCGAGCCGUGGUGUCUUGAUGCCCGAGGGGAAUGAUUGUAUAACUCGGUCUGCCGCGGAAGCUGGUCCUAACGACGAGGCUACUAGGUCUCGCGACGACGUCUUUCCCGGCAUGGAUCCAAAAGGAGGUGCCCCAGAGGAUGGGAAACCGACACUUGACAGAAUCGCCACCGACGUGGGCGACAAAGAGGAGGUAUGCACCGAGUCAUCGACAACUGGAACCACCCAUGUUGACACAGGCACUUCCAUCCCAAGUGAGGUUACGCAGUCGCCAACGGCCAUGUCGACCGCCGUGUCAUCAUGGAGUGCGUCUGAAGAUCGCCAGCUCGGCCAGGGGACCGCUCAGGAUCCCACAGAUCGCGUCUUUCCCAUCCGAUCCGUCAUCAGUGUUGGGGAGCCUGGGCCGAUGGGGAGAAAGUCGAGCGAGCAGGAACCGCGACGGAAGAUGUCGCUUUCAGAGCCAGGACACACGCCAAUCCCUCCGACCCCAGGUUUCAGCAAUGGGAAACAACUGGAGCUACAUUCGGAGCGUACUCCAUUUGCACGGGGCCGGUCUGCAGUUGCGGCUUCGCUGCCUGUGACUCCGGCAGCCGCUCCGUGGUCGCCGCCCGCUCCCACUGCGCGAGAGCGUCGACAACAGACUGUGUCAGGGUCGCUCUCCAGCAUUCAAGCGGACGCAGAAAGAUACGGCAAUCCCAUGCCGCUCUCUCUGGCCGAUUCAUCCGACGAGGAGCAGGCCGUAACCGAAACACCGAGUCGCGCCGAGGAAACCCUAUCAGAACGCAAAUCCUCCAUCGCCCCGUCGAUUCCCGACUCACUCUACACAACUCGCUUCACGCAUGUCAUGACGGACGAGGGACACGCCGUCAUCACGGGGCGGGACGGGAAGCUGCAGCGGUGCGAGGAUGAGCCCAUUCAUACCCCCGGCGCGGUCCAAGGGUUUGGCAUGCUUCUGACCCUGCGUGAAGACGCCGAGGGCCGGUUGCAAGUACGGCACGUCAGUGAAAACUCACAAAAAAUCAUUGGGUACCGACCCCAGGAGCUGUUCGCACUCGGCGAUUUUCUGGAUAUCCUCAGCGACGAGCAGGCCGAUAAUCUGCUGGACCAUGUCGACUUCAUUAGAGACGAGGAUGCAGAUCCAGCAACCAACGGUCCCGAGGUCUUCAGUCUGUCUCUCCGCCCGCCAAAUCAUGACAAGUCUGUCAAGCUGUGGUGUGCCAUUCACACUAACCCGGCACAUCCCAAUCUCAUCGUGUGCGAAUUUGAGUUGGACAAUGACCUUCAAAAUCCAUUACGCCCUGUCGAUGAAGACACGCUUAAUCUGCCAGAGGAUACACUGCAGUCGAACCCGACCUUGGAAGAGCUCACCGAGUCCACCGAGAUUCUGAGCAAACCGUUGCGGGUGUUGAGGAGCGCGCGAAAGCGUAGGGGAGAGGCCGGUGCCAUGCAGGUGUUCGACAUUAUGAGCCAAGUACAGGAACAGCUCGCCAACGCGCCAAACCUAGAGAUCUUUCUGAAAAUUCUGGUGGGCAUCGUCAAAGAGUUGACAGGUUUUCAUCGCGUCAUGAUUUACCAGUUCGAUUCCAUGUUUAACGGCAAGGUGGUCACGGAGCUUGUCGACCCAGCACUCACCAGGGAUCUGUACAAGGGACUGCAUUUUCCUGCCUCUGACAUUCCGAAACAGGCGCGUGAACUGUACAAGCUCAACAAAGUUCGCCUUCUCUAUGAUCGAGACCUCGAAACGGCCAGAAUUGUGUGCCGGUCAACAGAGGACCUCGAAGUGCCCCUGGACAUGACCCAUUCCUAUCUCCGGGCCAUGUCACCAAUUCAUCUCAAAUACCUCGCCAACAUGGCUGUUCGCUCCUCCAUGUCGAUAUCGAUUAAUGCCUUUGGCGACCUGUGGGGGCUGAUUGCCUGCCACUCGUAUGGCCCCAAGGGCAUGCGAGUCUCGUUUCCCAUCAGGAAGAUGUGCCGGCUGGUCGGUGACACAGUUUCGCGCAACAUUGAACGCCUCUCCUACGCAUCGCGUCUGCAAGCUCGCAAACUGAUCAAUACGGUGCCCACCGAACACAACCCGUCGGGCUACAUCAUUGCCUCCUCCGACGACUUGCUCAAGCUCUUCGAUGCCGAUUUUGGAAUGCUUUCUAUUCGAGAAGAGACCAAGAUUCUAGGAAAGGUUGAGCAUUCUCAGGAGGCCCUGGCAAUGCUCGAGUAUCUCCGGCUUCGGAAAUUCACCUCCGUCCUCACCACGCAAGACGUCAAGGUUGACUUUCCCGAUUUGCAUUACCCACCCGGGUUUCAGGUCAUCGCUGGCCUGCUAUACGUCCCCUUGAGUGUCGGCGGCAAUGAUUUCAUCGUUUUCUUCCGGAAGGGCCAGGUCAAGGAAGUCAAGUGGGCGGGAAAUCCGUACGAGAAAACCUUUAAAGAAGGGACAGAGGCCUACCUCCAGCCGCGGACGAGUUUCAAGGUGUGGAACGAGACCGUGGUGGGCAAGAGCCGAGACUGGUCUGAGGAACAGGUCGAGACGGCCGCAGUGCUGUGCUUGGUCUACGGCAAGUUCAUCGAGGUCUGGCGGCAGAAGGAGGCGGCGCUGCAGAGCAGCCGGCUCACAAGACUCUUGCUGGCAAACUCGGCCCACGAAGUGCGCACGCCGCUCAACGCCAUCAUUAACUACCUCGAGAUCGCGCUGGAAGGCUCCCUGGAUCAGGAAACCAGAGACAAUCUGUCACGUUCCCACUCGGCGUCAAAGUCGUUGAUUUAUGUCAUCAAUGACCUGCUGGAUCUCACCAAAACCGAGGAGGGCCAGGAGCUCGUCAAGGACGAGAUUUUUGACCUGCCAGCCUGCGUCCGGGAAGGGACGGAGCCCUUCAAAAACGACGCCAGGCGGAAGGGCAUCGAAUACGAGUUCAUCGAGCAUCCUGGGCUUCCAAAGUUCGUGUAUGGGGACCAACGUCGCGUCCGACAGGCAGUUGCCAACGUGACAGCGAAUGCCGUGCAGCACACAUCGGCCGGUCAUGUCAGGGUCGAGCUGUACCUGGCCGAACUCCUUGAGCGUCGAGUUCGGGUCGAGAUCGUGGUGCAGGACACGGGCUCGGGUAUGAGCAAUACCCAGCUCGAUGCCUUGUUUAGAGAUCUCGAACAAGUCUCUACGGAUGAGGGUGACGAUAUGUUCAGUCCGCUCGAGGGCGCCCGCGACAAGGAAAAGCCGGAAAAGGACAGAACUCUUGGGUUGGGGCUGGCAGUAGUGGCGCGUAUCUUGCGAAACAUGGACGGCCAACUUCGGCUCAAAUCUGAGCCGGGCAAAGGAUCUCGCUUUGUUAUGCAGUUGCCGUUUGAGCUUCCCGAGGAUGCCGCCUCGGCAGACGGGACAGCGACAGCCUCGGGUGCCCUGUCAGAGACUUCCAGAACUGGAUCCGUCGCGGCAGCGUCGACACCUCGACCCACCGACGGAGAGGUCAUCGUCGUCAACAGGGGAAGCGGCGGAUCCAUCCAUACCAACCAGUCGAUAUCAGCAAAGAAAAGCUUUGAUGACUCCAAAAGCACGCACAGCCACCGUAGCAUAGCCAGCAAGAGCAGUGCCAAGAGUGGGAUGAGCGACGCCGAACGGUUAAUCGAUGCUAUCCAAACACCCAUCACCUGGGGCGAGUUGGACCCUGAAUUAGCCAAACGACGACGGAGCUCCCGAGGCGCAUAUUACAAUCCACCAGCACCAGGUACCAAAGACGGCCAUGCAACACGCUCUCUGAGCCCUACAAGGCGGGUCAGGCCAUCUGAACCUACUCGGUCAGGCUCUUCUCCCACCAACAUCAAACAGCAGUCACAACCUCUCACCGAACCCCCUGCCUCUCACGAAAGCCCACCGGGAGUGCGGUUCAUCAACGACUCCAGGACCCCGCUGAAACCUGUACGCAUACCAGACGAGUACCACGACAAGCCAUCGCUGCCUCAGCAGAGCGAGACGUCGGGUAUCCUCUUUGAAAUACCGCCCACCCCUGACGUUCGAGAGAACACUCGGGAGGUUGCCGCCUCGACGAGUGCGGGCGAGGUUGUUGCCACGCCAGGCUUGGAAGUCCUCGUUGCCGAGGACGAUCCGAUCAACCUCAAGGUUUUGAGGAAGCGGUUGGAAAAGGCUGGGCACAAGGUUUCCCAUGCGCUGAACGGCGAAGAUUGCGCGACAAUGUAUGGGGAGAAACCUAGGGGCUAUGAUGUGGUGCUCAUGGAUAUGCAGAUGCCCAUCGUGGACGGCCUUACUAGCACCAAGAUGAUCAGGACAUUCGAGACAUCGAGCAGCCGACCCCAGCCCCCCGAACUGUCCGCCAUUGCACAGAACCAUGGGAGAAUACCAAUCAUUGCGGUCUCGGCGAGCUUGGUGGAGAGGGAAAAGGACACGUAUGUUGAUGCGGGAUUUGACGGGUGGAUUCUGAAGCCCAUCGACUUCAAGAGGUUGGAGGAGCUGUUGAAGGGGAUUGUGGAUGAUGGGGUGAGGGAGAGGGCGUUGUAUGUGCCGGGAGAGUGGGAAAGGGGGGGCUGGUUUGCUGCGAGGAGUGGGCAGCAGGAGGCGAUGGUGAAUUAGGGGGUCACUACUGCCAAGAGUAGAAGGGGGAGUGGGUACUUUGUCUGGGAUUGAGAAAGGUUACGACUGGUGGGAUAAGGGGUGUGCUCGGAAGAACGAUGUUGUUUGUUGUGUGACCUGAAUCAUGAGACCUGCUGCCACACUUGGAGGGUAGAAGAACAACGUUUGGAACAGUCCUGGCUUUAGAGGAGGGGAGCGGGAAGCGAGGCGUUUUUUCUUUUGUGUGUGUGUGUGUCUGUUUCGAGGAUGGGUCACAAUAAAGAAGGGGGGAAGGAGUUGGGAAGGAUGAAAUUGGAUUGGGGCUGUUGAUUUUGCCCGAUUCAAAAGGCUGAUGAUACCAUUCAUAUAUAUUAGCUGAUUAAAACCAUAAACCUAUUACCUACCUAUGUGG